CCCUCUGGAACGGAAGUCCUCUGACGUAAUCAUCGAGCUCACUUCCUGGUGUGUUUUUUUUUUUUACAUUCUUUAGCUUUCAGUCGAUCGUACGCCUUUACUUCUUCGGCAAACCGGUCGUCAUUUGGUGCUGACAGGAGUGAGCUGCCCUGUGUUGGGAGAACAGUUCUAGUGCCAACAGUUAACCCAGGAUAAACCAGCAGUCUGUGUCUGUCAUCAGUUUUGGUUGCGUGUCUGUGGCUCUGGUGACUCUGAACAGGAAGACAGGCGGAGAGAGACGUCUGACCUGAAAGAGGAAACUGCUGCGGCUUCUUCUUCAGCCUCAGAAUGACUGAGUUCUGGGUUUGUUUCAGCUGCUGCAUUGCAGAGCAGCCACAACCUAAACGGCGGCGACGGAUCGAUCGCUCCAUGAUUGGCGAGCCAACAAACUUUGUUCACACCACACAUGUAGGCUCAGGGGACAUGGGUCUGGGAUUGGCAUCGGUGGACCUUGUCCAGGCCCAGAUGAAAUCUAAAGGAGGCUACUCACAUGGAGGGUCUGAAGGUUCUCAGUUGUAACAAGCCCCUUCACAGUGUUGUGGAAACUACUGUUGUUGAUUUGAGGAACCAUUUUCAAAAAGCAGUGCUGUCUGUAAUGGACGCAGGACCAAAAGAUGAAACUACUGCUUUUCCAUAAUGUUGUAUAUAUUUUUAUUUCCAUUCCUUUUUUUAAUGAAAGCACUGCUUAUCCAUUUGCUGCCAUACUGUUGCACUGUAAAGAGUCGCUGUUAGGAGUAGAUAGGAGGGUUUAGUAAGCUCAUAAUGUCAGCCAAGAAUGCUUGUGUGUAUGCAUGAGAAAGAUAAGUUUCAAAAUGAUUUGCUGUUGUAGCCCAUUUGGAUGCCUGUAUUUAUUACCUGAUUUGUAAAACGGACCUCAUGGUGGCUGGGCCACACUGGAGAUUUUGGUCAUUCAGUUUCCUUCUUUGUCCUCAGAGGUUUAUCAAAGGACAGGUAGAGGUAGCGAAGCAUAACGCCACAUGUUCAUUGUUUUAUUCUGAGAAAUGCUCACCAUUCUGAGUUGCUUUCAGGGUUGACGAUUGCUGUCUUGUUUAAAACUUGAAUGAGUAGAGUACACUGGACCAUGCAUUGUACACUUACACUUGCUUAGGAAUUCCGCAUUGAUUUAUUUCAACUGUUUUUUUUUUUAUACUCGUUUAGAUCAAACCAUAUAGAAUUUUAAUAAACUAUGACCUUCAUAAUCUGCCUUCUGAAGUCAUGCUCAUCUUUUUUUAACUAGCUUCCUUUGGCAGCUUGAUGCUGCAAAUACUGAGCUUAGCGAAUUCAAAUGUUUUGUUCCUUUUUUUUUUUUUUUUUACAUGUAUUUUCUUUUUUUCAAGACUUUUGUACCAACAUUGAACCCAAGAAUUAAACUUGGAAGUAACCAAAUCAGCACUGCAAACACUGCUGCAUAUGUGGGUCUGGUCUGAUGCAGUAUUGUCAAACCUAUAGUUUAUCUUCUGCUUUUCCAUCAUCUUUCGUUUCCCUGCUCAGUUUUGUGUAUCGCAUUUUUAAGGAGUCUUAGUCAUAGUAUAAGUCAUUUUUCAUUUUUUUUGGCUGAUACACGCACAAUUUGGUCCGAGGAGGUUUCAUCCCUCUGGUGGGGGGGGUUGUUGUAGUCGUUUAACGUGUCUUUGAAAACGUAUAUAAAUGCUUCUUAACGACAUUCAAAUGUAUGUGACCCACCUUUUGUAGCAGUGUUUGUAGCUUUGUUGUAAAAGCAUGUAUUCAUGUGGCGUUAAUAAUACUUUUGUAAAAAGACAAACAUUUAAAAUGUAAAGCGUAAUGAAUCCCCUACUUUCCACCUUUAGAGGACUAAAUGCUUUUCUCAGCUUGUUGCUCUGUUAUCCACUUUUUCAAGAAUAUGAUAUUUGACUUUACAUUAAAAAAAAACGGCAGCUCUUAUGGCCUGAUUACAAAGAUUGUCAGUCGUGUUAGUGAUCACUGUCGCUGUUCUCCCUAAUACAGACAGGCUGGUACAUUUUCUACCCUUAGUAUUGUCACAUGCAGUUCACAUUUCUGAACACAGCUGAAUUGGAGAAACCUUGAUUUCAGAUUCAGUUUCAGAUUGAUAUUAAAUUCCUGGGCCCCUCUACUCAGGGUCUCUGGUACUCCGUAUGUACACACUGCUCAUUCAUAUGGACAGUGACUUAUUAAUCUGAAGGUUACAGGUGUAGAGCCAACCAGCAGGUCUGGAUCUUAAUACACGUGAUUAUUUCUUCUCCAUGUACAUCAUAUGCUUUACUUUUCAAACAACAGAAAGUGGAUGUAUAAUUGUGUCAAACAAUUUGGUGUUAAAUGAGUGAAUGUCAAUGAUAUGAUACAUGAAUGAAUUCUUGGUGUUUGUAUCAGGCGAUGUUAAAUAUCCUAUAGCCACAUUGUAAUAUGUUUUCAUUUACAGCCUUAAAGCUGACGGUGACUGUCCAACAUUCACAGACAGAUUACAUCAUGUGAUUCAUCAGGCUUUAAUGUUGUCGCAGCGCACAUCUGUUCCUCUUUAAAUGUUUCUGUAGUAUUUUCAGUGUGAAAAGAGAUCCACAUGCAGUCUGUGUAGUUUGUUCUUUGUUCUCCAGCUCGGAGUUCAAUGCUGCAGUACGUGCAGACAAACUGGGAUGGCCGUAUGUAAAGUGACCAGCAGGCUGUGCUAGUGGACUGGUUGAAUGUGACUUUAAAAAAAACAUAGAUUAAUCCUCCCGAUAUUAUAAGACAAUAUUUUAUGAUGAAAUGUAAAUACCAAACAUAAAGUAAUGGAUCCAUGCUUCUAUGUCAUUGGGAUCGUACCUAUUUUUGGUUACUUUUCUGUGUAAGAGUUUUGGGAAGGUGUUGGCGCAGUGUUCUGUUGUCAUUGUUGUUUUUUCUCAGGAACUGCCUGUUAUGUAGUUCCCACUUUAAGGGAAAUUCAUUUGUCUUUUUUUUCUGCAUUUUUCAGAAUAAAAAAUAAGAAAUAAAUGUUCAAUGUUGA